UGUUACCAGCCUGCUCUGGCCACCUUAAAGAUAACCAACAAAUUCUACUUGAAGUACUGAGGAACACUGCCUAGGAAAGGCAUAUUAUCCCAGCAUGGGCAUGAGCAGCUUGAAACUGCUGAAAUAUGUUCUCUUUAUCUUUAAUUUGCUCUUUUGGGUCUGUGGCUGUUGCAUUUUGGGAUUUGGUAUUUACCUCCUGGUCCAAAACACCUAUGGAGUUCUGUUCCGUAACCUCCCCUUCCUGACACUUGGCAAUGUUCUUGUCAUCGUGGGCUCCAUUAUCAUGGUAGUUGCCUUCUUGGGCUGCAUGGGCUCAAUCAAGGAGAAUAAGUGUCUGCUUAUGUCGUUCUUUGUUCUGCUGCUGAUUAUUCUCCUUGCCGAGGUGAUCAUAGCCAUCCUGCUCUUUGUGUAUGAACAAAAGCUGAACACGUAUGUAGCUGAGGGACUGAAUGACAGCAUUCAACAUUAUCACACAGACAACAGCACCAUGAAGGCAUGGGACUUCAUCCAGUCAAAUCUGCACUGUUGUGGUGUAAAUGGCUCAAGUGACUGGAUCAAUGGUCCACCAUCUUCCUGUCCACCAGGUGCAGACAUUCAGGGUUGCUAUAAUAAAGCAAAAUCAUGGUUUCACACCAACUUCUUAUAUAUUGGAAUCAUUACCAUCUGUGUAUGUGUGAUACAGGUGCUGGGGAUGUCCUUUGCAUUGACACUGAAUUGCCAGAUUGACAAAACCAGUCAGGCCUUAGGGCUGUGACCUGCAACUGCUGUCUGCUUAAGAGACGUAUUUCACUCUGAAAAUCCAAAGCACCCAUAGCAUGAGGCCCUAAACAAUUACCUGCCUGACUGGCAUUUUGGCUUCCUCUUAUGUCUUCCUUGAUUGGGUCUCUGUUUUAUACACAUCUAGAGAAGAGAAUAGUUUUCACACACUUCCCAUCUCAAGCAGAAGACAGUCAUUCACCAACUGAUAGCAGUAACAAUAUCCCUUAAAGAUAGUGAAACCUACGUGUGUGUGUGUGUGUGUGUGUGUGUGUUUUAACACGAGGGACAAAGAAAAUCUGCAGUACCAGUGACCUGAGAUCAGAGUAUUGGCCCAGCCCCUGAGGUUAGCUGUGAGUUCUCAAAAGAUAGGUACAAGUUUAAAUGUUAUAUUGUUAACAAUUGUCAAAUCAACCCUUAGCCUCAAAUCAUGCUAUUUUCACAUAGGAGACAAGAUGAAGAAAAUUCAAGAGUCAGACUCAUUGGAUAAUUGACAUACCCUGUUUUCUUUCGAACACAGGCCUUGGUAAUAGGAAUGAUACAGUGAUAUUUCAUCGAAGGGAAAUAUUUCAAUUUUUUGUUAAAAUGUCUUAUUGACUUUGUUACAUCCAAUCAUCAAUCCAUCCAUCCAUCCAUCUAUCAAAGACUAAUUAAUUAUUCCUAUCCUUAUUCAGCCAGUCUUAAAACUUAACAUAGUCGUAGAACCCAGAAGUACUAAUAGCUCCAGUGUGUUAGCUAAUAAUCAUAUUCAUGUUUUUUUAUUUCACUAUUAAGGUUCUUUUAAUGUACUAUUUUAAUUUGUGAAUAAACAAAAUAGUUUAUGACUAUUCAUCAAGCCUUUGA